GCAAUCCAUCUUGAGGAAAAGGAGAAAAAGGAGAAGGAGAUGCGUAAUCAAAUCAUAAAGGAAGCUGAAGAGUACAAGAAAGCUUUCUAUGAGAAGAGGAAACUCAGUUGUGAAACAACCAAAGCUAACAACAGAGAUAAAGAAAAGCUGUUCUUGGCUAACCAAGAAAAAUUUCACAAAGAAGCUGACAAACAUUACUGGAAAGCAAUAGCUGAGAUCAUCCCUCCGGAGGUUCCGAACAUCGAGAAGAGGAGAAGGAAGAAGGAAGCUGAGAAUAAGCAGCCUGCAGGUCAUGUAAUUCAGGGUCCAAAGCCAGGGAAGCCUACUGAUCUUUCAAGAAUGCGCCAAAUGAUCUUGAAGCUCAAACAGAAUCCUCCAUCUCACAUGAUGCCUCCAAAAGAAAACAAGGAUUCCAAAAAUAUAUUGAGGAUUAUAGUUGAUGUAUCAAUACAUUUUCUUUAUGCUUUGAAUUAUAUUGACUUGCUUGUUUAUUAUAACGGAAAAUCCGUCGAAAAGUCCAUCGUCUUCGGGAAAUGGAUGGAGAAUUUACAGAGGGAAAAUUCGUCGGUAACUGGUGAAAUUCUGUCGGCAUGGCAAAAAUCCCCGGCGGGGCGGGUACCCGCGGGGAUUUAUCCGUCGGGGAGCAGGUAUGGGGGGUCAUUUUUACCCGCGGGGACGGGGGACGGGGCCCCGUAUAAUAAAUGGGGCGGGGGCGGGGGUAGAGGUCCCCGCCCCGUGGAGACCCGUUAA